CCGCCCCCAAGGACGCAACAUGGCGGCACCCAGCAAGAAGGUGUUUGAGCUGUUUGUCUCAAAAGUACCAUGGACUGUCGCGACAAAGGAGAUAAAAGAGUAUUUCGGGCAGUUUGGCCAAGUGAAGAAAUGUCUCCUGGUUUUUGACAAAGACACAGGCUUUCAUAGGGGCUUUUGCUGGGUCAGUUAUUCGUCAGAGGAGGGACUGCAGAACGCACUUCAGAAAGAGCCUCACGUUAUGGAAGGAAGUAGGCUCCUAGUACAAAAGAACAGACGGCCAUUUAUAGGGAAAAAGGCAAACAAAGAAGCCGAUGAAAGCUGAACAAGAAGAUUGACUCUGGAAUGAGAAGAUUUAUGUAGUUUUUUUUGUCCAUUAUUACAGAUCUGUAACUUAUGUCUAUGAAAGUAUAAUUGUCUUUGUGGAAACGUGACUUUACAAUAAAUCUGCUAUUGACAGAA